CAUCGCGUCGCAUGUCUUCAGCAUCAUUUCGUCAACCACAGCUUCCCAGCUUGAACGCAAGGAGGAAGGGCAUACAGAGGGGAUAUAGGGUAUGUGAAUCUCACCCAGAUGGUCAGCACACACAGCAGCAAUACCCAAGUGACGACUCCGAACACCUGUGACAUCUUAUUUGAUAUUUUCCGCCUUCAAUAGAGGAUCCAUCUCAACCUCAUCUCACACCAACCACGCGAAAAUCAAACCAAACCAUGGCCCUCCGACCAACCCUCACCAAACACCUCUCGACCUCGCUAUCCCUCUCCACCUCUCUCUCCCUCCGCUCCCACUCCACCUCCGUCUCCGCAAAUGAACUCUCCCAUUUCUCCGCCCUCGCCAGCAGCUGGUGGGAUCCCAUGGGUUCCUCGCGCGUCCUACACCUCAUGAACCCUCUCCGCCACGACUUCAUCGCGUCCUGCCUAUCCGAGGGUCUGCCCGCUCCGUCUCCCUCGUCCUCCGCGUCUUCCCCGAACUCCCUCCGCUAUCUAGACGUCGGCUGCGGAGGCGGCAUCUUCGCUGAAUCGCUGGCCCGCACGAUCCCUUCCUCCUCCUCCUCCUCUCAGACCCAAACCCAGACCCAACCCUCGUCAACCGACCAACACCAACCCACCCCCACCCGCGCCGCCAGCAUCACCGCCAUCGACCCGACCUCCACCCUCAUCCAGAUCGCGCGCGACCACGCCCGCUCAGACCCCAAGGUCGCCGCGCACCUGUCCUCCGGCAAAUUCCAAUACCGGAAUUGCACGCUGGAGGAUGUGGUGCGCGCGCAUACCCAGGCCCAGUCUCAAGAGUCAGACGCGCAGACGCAGACGCAAUUCGACAUCGUCACGCUCUUCGAAGUGCUCGAGCACAUCGACACCAACGCGACGUCGUCCCCGCUGCGCUUCCUCACCGACUGUCUGCGUCUCGUCCGCCCCGGCGGCUGGCUCAUCGGGUCGACCAUCUCGCGCAGUCUGCCGUCGUUCCUGGUCAACCAGGUGAUUGCGGAGGCGCCGUGGCCGAUUGGCGUCGUGCCGAGGGGGACGCACGAUUGGGCGAAGUUUGUGAAUCCGGGCGAGUUGAAGGGGUGGUUGGGGGAGGGGUUGGUGAUGCAGGCUAAAGGUCAGGGUCAGGGUCAGUCUGGGGGUGAGGGGAAGGUGACGCAGAUGCAGUGGAAGUGUGAUGGGGUGAUGUAUUUUCCUGGGUUGGGGUGGAGGAUUGUUUCGGGGUCUGAGGAUUGGGGGAAUUAUUUCUGGGCUGUGAGGAAGGGGUUGUAGAUCGUCUGUUUCUUCUAUCACUUUGUUGGAUUGAUUGAUGGUGGUUGAUUGUGGGAUGGGUGGAUGUAUUUGUACCUGUGGAAAAGAGGUUGAUGUAUGUAUAUAUGAUUGUAGAAUAGUAUAGACUAGUGAUAAAACUUAAAUAAAAACCGAGUUAUGUAUUAA